AUGAGGGAGUUCCUUGGAAUUUUGUCAAUAUCUGAAGGUUCACUGCAUUUUUGGUACAAAGAGACAAUGCACACUGCAAUGUUUGUGAGAAGGAUUCCACUAGCAAGAUGCAGCAGCAGGGCAAGAUGCACAUUUAAAAGAUGCUUUAAUCAGAAGGCAAAAAAUGCUGUAGAAGGAGAAGAUCUUAGUCCUAGGACAUCUUUUUUCAAGAUUUUCGGUGUUGCUUCCACAUUUUUAACAGUCGGUUUUGCAAUUGGAUUUGGUCUCAAUAAUGGUAACCAUUCAUUUGGAUCAACCACGAAAUUAAAGGAUCUGAAACCGCUCGUUUAUGCGUCGAAUGAUAGGGUUCAGUAUGCAUUAUCCAAUAUUGUGAAAAUUGUUGGUGAAGACAAUAUCACAACGAGUCCAGGUGAAUUGAAAACACACUCUGAGGAUCCAUCUAAAUUUAUUGAGGCAAAGGAUCAUGAGCAUCCAUAUGCGGUCGUUUAUCCCACAUCAGUCGACGAAGUUUCCAAAAUCGUUAAGAUUUGCUAUGAUGCGUGUAUUCCAAUUAUUCCAUAUUCUGGCGGGACGUCUAUUGAAGGACAUUACAUACCAACGAGGAAAGGCAUAUCGAUUGAUGUCUCCAAAAUGGACAAAAUAGUGGCUAUCCAUGAAGAUGAUCUAGAUGUUGUUGUUCAACCUGGCGUUGAAUGGACAUACUUGAAUGAGCAAUUAGAGGAUUAUGGUCUGAUGUUUGGUCCUGAUCCAGCUCCCGGCGCAUUGAUUGGAGGCAUUCUAGGCACUAAUGCAUCAGGUACUAAUGCUGUCAGAUUUGGAGCUGCCAAAGAUAACGUGUUAUCUUUAACGGUUGUUCUAGCUGAUGGAACUGUGGUGAAAACAAGACAAAGACCAAGAAAAAGUUCGAACGGAUACAAUUUGACUAACUUGUUUGUUGGAAGUGAAGGAACGUUGGGUAUCAUCGUUGAAGCAACUCUUAAGUUGCAUGUCAAACCAACCAAUGAGGUGAUCACUAUGAUGAAUUUCAGAGACCUCGGUGAUGCAUCAAGAACUGUCAGUGAGCUGUUCAAAAGAGGCAUUACCUGUAAUGCUGUUGAAAUUAUGGAUAAUAGACAGAUGAACGCUGUCGUCCAAAUGGGUUCUGGGGGUGACCGCAAAUGGUAUCCGGAUCAUUUAUUAUUGUUGAAACUGAGUGCAGUUGACGACACUUCAUUGAAUAGUAUUUUGAAAACAGUGGAGAACAUUGGUAAAACUAAUAAGGCUUUCAACAUUCAGGUUGCAAAGUCUAAAGAAGAUAAGGAAGAUAUCUGGAGAGUUCGUAAAACACUCUUAUGGAACUCAUUAGGUUGGGCUAAAAAGUAUAAACCUAAUGCUAUGGUCUUACCCACAGAUGUUUGUGUGCCAAUGUCUAAACUACCAGAACUUAUCACUAAGGCAAUGGCCAUGUUAGAAAGUGCCGACUUACUGGCUACUGCAGCAGGUCAUGCGGGGGAUGGAAAUGUUCAUGUGUUGGUCAUUUUUGAGCCAGAACAGGUUCAAGAGGCGCACAGAUGUAUAAAUGAAAUGUCCAAAAUGGCAAUUGAACUAGAAGGUACUGUUUCGGGUGAACAUGGAAUUGGUGUCAGUGAAAAGAGAGAACUAUUAGAGAGAGAGCUUGGAACAGACACGAUAGAUUUAAUGAGAACCAUCAAAUAUGCUCUUGAUAAAAAGUGUAUUCUUAAUCCUGACCACAUUUUCAGAAUUGACCCUUCUGAAAAUAGGAACCCGUUCAAAUAG